CACCAAGGAGAGCGGCUCAACAGCCAUCGUCCGAGAAGCAAGUCGGCAUUAUGAGCCAGUACGUGAGCAGCUCCUCGCCCUUCCUCAAGCCGUUCUUCUUGAAGACGCCCGUCCGGGUGGUCAACCCUUUGCGACAGAGGCGACACACGUUGCCUGCCAGCGAGUUCCGCAAUCUGACGCCUCAGGACGCCAUCAGUGUGUUUGAGAUCGAGAGGGAAGCUUUCAUCUCGGUGUCCGGCGAGUGUCCUCUGACCCUGGAAGAAGUGCUGCACUUUAUCGGUCAGUGCCCCGAGCUGUCGCUGGGCUGGUUCGAGGAGGGUCAGCUGGUCGCUUUCAUCAUCGGCACCGGUUGGGACAAAGAGAGGCUUUCGCAGGAAGCCAUGAGCCUGCACGUCCCGGACACGUCUACGGUUCACAUCCACGUGCUGUCUGUGCACCGCCACUGCCGUCAGCAGGGCAAGGGAUCAAUCCUGUUGUGGCGCUACCUGCAGUACCUGCGCUGUAUGCCUCGGCCCCGCCGGGCCCUGCUCAUCUGCGAGGAAUUCCUUGUGCCGUUCUACCUCAAAGCCGGCUUUAAGGCGAAAGGCCCGUCAGCAAUCAGCGUGUCCAACAUGCACUUCCAGGAGAUGGAGUACCUGCUGGGCGGGCAGGCGUAUGCCAGGCGGAACAGCGGCUGCUAGCCCUGCCUAGCUACAGACUUAAAUGCACUUUUGAACCUGCUGGAUGGUGCACCACGUGCAAUUUGUCCUUAUCAGACGAAAUACCCACCAGUGUUGUUUUCGUCAACAAUGACCAAAAUGAAAAUAUUUCAUGGACGAACAAUUUUGUGUGUCUUGGGAGACUAAAAUAUAACGAAAAUGCGUCUUGGUUUCCGUCACAUGUUCACAAUGUGGGAUAUUUUUAAUGUGUAGUUUGCCUGCAUUGUAGCAGUUUCUGGUUGUGUCACUCAUGUGAAUGCUGCGCCCCCAACUAUCCUCUCCAGUCUUGCUUGUUUUGCAACACACAGUGAUUUCUGUUUUCUUAUCUUGGCAAGAGAAAAUAUGCAGUGUUGCUUUUGCCUUUAAAAGUCUGUGCUGAGUGAUUAUCACACACUAAAUGUAACUCGUAGCGUUAGCAUAGCAUUCAAAAUUCGUUGUCUGAUACGCUCAAAUUUUUUACAUACGGUUCGUGGCGUCCAGAUGGGUAUAAUUCCCGUAAUUUUCUAACUAUAAACUGCUACUUUUUUACCUCAUUUUGAAUCCUGCGGCUUAUAGUCCAGUGUGGCUUAUUUGUUGAUUUAUUCAGGUUAAUAGGCAACACUUUAUUUGACAACGGCGUCAUAAGACUGCAAUAAGACAGUCAUAAUUAUGACAUUAUCAUGGGCAUUAAUGAAUAGUUAUGACGGAUGUUAUUAGGCGGCUACCGGCAAAUUAUGUCACUAACUCCAUUUAUGUCCAGCUCGGAUCUUUUACAUUCAUUCAAAAGGGAGAUAAUUUGCUGGAUGACACAAAAGGACAUCUGUCAUAAGCAUUCAUUAAUGUUAAUGGUAGUGUCAUGUCAUAAUUAUGAUGGUCUUAUGACAGUCUGACUGCGCCACUGUCAAAUAAAGUGUUACCAAAUUCCAUAACUAGCAAUUAACGAAACAACUAGAACAGUAACUGAAGAAAUACUUAGCACAGAACAUGAGUUUUGAUAUGUUAUUUACAUCUUUAGUGCUGCAAUGCAUGCUAGGAGGCAUGUUGGACGACAACAGAACAUGAUCAUUCUUGAAGCAAUGAUCAUGGUGGUUCAUUUGGUCUUAUGAUGCCGCUGUCACAUAAAAUAAAAUGCUUAAAUCCCCGAAUUCUUAAUAGAUAUGGACGUAAAAUAGUCUCAAUUCUUGGUUAAAAGCAAAAAAAAAAAAACGUGCAGUUAGCAUUUAUCUUAUGUAAAUAUGUCAAAGUUUACUGAUCGACUGUUUGUAUUACUCUAACACAAUAUAAUCAAUUAGGGAAUAGUAUCUUUUCUCUAACAUCUACUUUAACACACCCAAUAUAAAAUAAAGAGCACUUAUAUCAUAGUUUAAGGAAAACAAGCAGAAUAUAUUUGACAUCGGGCAUAAGAGAUACAUGAUGCCUUCUUAUCAUGGAAGCCCAAUGUGUGCGUCAUGUAACUGACUGAGCAAGAUUGACGCUGACGAGGCAUGACAUCUACAAGCCCACGUCUGCACCACCAACUCACGCAAUCACUUCUUCCGGACAGUCCAGAACAGAUGGCGGGACAUCUUGUCUUGACAAGGAACAUCCCAUAAGGAGGAACCCACGGCCGAGAAGUCUCAGCAAUCACGUUGCGCUGAGGUGGCAAAAUGCACAACCCUUGUUGCCCUGACAACAGAAACUCCCGAAUCCUCCUGUCCAAUCCACAGACAAUAAUCCUAAACAACGUCCAAACACUCCCUUCUUCUGCCCACAGCCCACUCUGCGAGAGCCUUCAAAAAGACUGAAAGUUUAACUAAUUGUUGUCAUUUUUCUCGGGAACCUUUUGUUGACUUGUGAUAUGAUGACCUUGGAACGAGUCUGCCUCCUUGCCUGAGUCUGUUUCUGUUUCGCCUUGCCGUUUGACUGCUGUUGGCCUGAAUAAAUUUUCAACUUGUGCUUUGAAGCCUUUUUCCAGCUUU